AUGGCACGUAAUUAUGUUAUGACUGAUCGAUAUAAAUUCUAUUUAAAUCAACUCCAUCAAUCACCAUUAUCACAAUCCAUAUUUACUGCUAAACAGUUAUUCUAUAUAAAAACUUGUUCACUAUCUUUAAGUUUAUAUUUAUUUGUAAAAACUCAAGAUUUUCCUUAUACUCCUGAAGAAUUAAUUCAGCAUUUUGGUGCUGAUAUUACACAAAUAAUUCUUCUUCAUACCUAUACUAUAGAAUUAUGGAGUACAGAAUUACUAAGUUGUAUUACACAUCUUAUGUUCCUUUUCACUACUUGUUGUUGGUGGGGCGGAGAAAAGGGAUCACGAGGAAAAAUAGUUUUUACAACUGAAUCAGCAGCCUGUGAAUAUAUCGAUGCACUUAUUCGUAUUAUUGAUUAUACACCUCUUUAUCAGUCUAUUACGAUAAAGCGAACAAACGAUGAAACAAUUCUUCUAGAAACAACUUUAUUUUCUUUAUUAAAUAUAGCACAAAAGGAACAGUUUACUUGGUUUCUUCGUUCAAAGAUUUCAUUACCAAAUACACUUUUAACGCUUGCUACCAGAUCACUUUGUGAUAAAAUACGCUUAUCUAUAUAUGCAAUACUUGGUGAAAUUCUAUGUGAUAAAAGUUUGAAAGAAUUGAAAAUUUUUGACAGUGCAAGUACUUUUUUCUUCAAUAUGCUUGAACACGCAUGGCAAAAUCCAGCAAAGAAGUUUCAACAAGUACCAAUAGGUUUUUUAUUGAAAUGUUUGGCGAAUUUUUCUAAAAUCGAUGCUUUUCAACAGCAGAUAGCUGAUACAAAUAAAGUAUUACUUUUGAUUGAAAUGUGUGAUCAGUAUCCAAUAGUAUAUGAUAUUCUAUGGGCACUCUCAUUCAAUCAUGAUAUUCAACAACAACUCCAUUCAAGCACAACAUUGAUGACAAAAUUAACUCAUCUUCCAAAAGAAUAUGAUAAUCAAAUACGAAAAAGUGCACAUGGAAUAUUAUGGAACUUAGAAAUAAGCCAUGAAGAUCAUAUACCAUCAACAAUAAGUAAUGAAAAAGCUUUUGACAUUAUGAUUAGUUAUUCACAUAAAGAUGAAAUCAUUUGUAAACAAAUUUAUGAUGAACUUAUUAAUAGUGGUUAUCGUGUAUGGAUUGAUUUUGAUCAAAUGCAUGGUAAUGUUAUGGAUGCAAUGGCAGAAGCUAUUGAGCAAUCCAAUGCAGUUAUAAUUUGUAUGAGUGAAGAAUAUCGAAGAAGUAGUUAUUGUCGAGCGGAAGCAAAUUAUGCAUUUAAACGUCGAGUUAAAAUCGUUCCCAUUCUUUUACAACAACACUAUAGACCUGAUGGUUGGUUAUUAUUUCUGAUUGGUGAAUUACUUUAUAUAGAUUUUACCAAAUAUGAGUUUUCACAAGCGAUGAAAAUGUUGAUCAAAGAACUGAAAAUUUCAGUCAUCAGUGAGAUGUGUCUUGUAAACGUUGAUCCGAAAGUGGAAGUUGAUACUACGAUUCCUAUUACACCUAUAUCACCAGAGGCACCAUCAAUGUUGAAACCACCAACAGAUAUACUGAAUUGGAAUCAAACACAUGUGCAUGAUUGGUUAAUUAGUCAUGGUUUAUUGCAAAUGUCUCGUUUAUUUGCUAAUUUUAAUGGUCGAAGUUUGAUGUAUAUGAACGAAAUCAUAGAAAAUGUUGAACUGGAAAAAGUUAUAUCUCUAUUGCAAGCUGAUUCUCUUCGACGAACAAGUCAAACUUUAUCAUUAGUUGAGUUGUCUCAUCUUCGAUCUCUAUUGAAUCAACAAAAACAAUCUUCACCAUCCACCAUCAUUGCUAAGCCUGCAAAAGUAAAAGUUGGCAAAUUGAAAAGAAAAUCUUCGUUUUGUUGCCAAAUAAUUUAA